AUACCCUCCUGUGUGACACACGGUCCCCAUUCAACCAAUCACAGGCCCCUCCUACUGUAUACAAAAAAAAACCGUCUGUAUAAAGUGAGGUGUCUACACUAUUUAUUUAUUGAUCGACACGCGACAGCAGGGACCUUCACACUUUUACUGCAAAUUGACAAUACAUUAACUGUUUGGCCAUGACAGCACUGUACUUGGCAGUGUUGGUGCUCUGUGUGAGUGCUGUGUGUGCGGCUCCUAGGUUUGACUCUCAGUUGGAGGACCAUUGGCACCUGUGGAAAAACUGGCACAGCAAGAACUACCAUGCGAGCGAGGAGGGCUGGAGGAGGAUGGUUUGGGAGAAAAACCUGAAGAAGAUUGAGAUUCACAACCUCGAACACACCAUGGGAAAACACUCCCACCGUCUGGGCAUGAACCACUUUGGUGACAUGACCAAUGAAGAGUUCAGGCAGACGAUGAACGGCUACAAGCAGACUACUGAGAGGAAGUUCAAGGGCUCUCUGUUCAUGGAACCCAACUACCUGCAGGCACCUAAAGCUGUUGACUGGAGGGAGAAGGGCUACGUCACUCCCGUCAAGGACCAGGGAUCAUGUGGGUCUUGCUGGGCGUUUAGCACCACCGGGGCCAUGGAGGGCCAGCAGUUCAGGAAGACUGGCAAGCUGGUGUCUCUGAGUGAACAGAACCUGGUGGACUGCUCCAGACCGGAGGGCAACGAGGGCUGUAAUGGUGGGCUCAUGGACCAGGCCUUCCAGUACAUCCAGGACAACGCUGGCCUGGACACAGAGGAGUCCUACCCCUACGUCGGCACUGAUGAGGACCCUUGCCACUACAAGCCAGAGUUCAGUGCUGCCAACGAGACUGGCUUUGUGGACAUCCCCAGUGGCAAGGAGCAUGCUAUGAUGAAGGCUGUGGCUGCAGUCGGUCCGGUCUCUGUUGCCAUCGAUGCCGGCCACGAGUCCUUUCAGUUCUAUGAGUCUGGGAUCUACUAUGAGAAGGAGUGCAGCAGUGAGGAGUUGGACCAUGGUGUUCUAGUGGUGGGAUAUGGUUUUGAAGGAGAGGAUGUGGAUGGCAAGAAAUACUGGAUUGUCAAGAACAGCUGGAGUGAGAAAUGGGGAGACAAAGGCUAUAUCUACAUGGCCAAAGACAGGAAGAACCACUGUGGUAUCGCCACGGCAUCCAGCUACCCACUGGUCUAGUGUUUUAGAACCUGGAUGUGUUCUAGACUUUUUAUGUUUGAAAAAUGUUCAUAAAGGGCAAAGAUGACUACAGUGCUGCCUUAUUAAGUCUGUGAAAGGCACUAGUGAAUCCUGCUGCAUGGGUUUUAAAGACCGUUUUAGGGAAUCUAUGAAAUUCUACCUAGUUUGUUUUUAUACUUGAUUUGAUAUAUAGUUGAGUCAAGUAAAUGUUACAGGUGUGACCUCUGUGUACAUUCCUAGUUUACUGCUUUUACACCUGUUCUGUAAAAAUGUUGUACAUAUGAGCAAAAUAAACCUCUUUCUAAAAUGGA